AAUUCUACCCCUGCUCCUCAUUUCAUGGAAGACUCAAGUUCCCUGAAACAAGAGAUAGAAAACCAUGAAGAUCAAAAGGCAGGUCCCCUCUGGGAAAAUACAGCCACUGUUUCUUCCGAAGAACCGGAGCCAGAGUUUCCUGAACCUUCAGAGUCAGAGUUGCAGGAGCCUGAAACUGCACCUCAACCCAGUAGCUCCCCUCCUUCAAACCUGAGCCCUCAGUCUGGAACUGGCAUGUCUUUGCAUGACCCCACAGGACCAAGACCACCAUCUCUACCAUGGCCAUCUCAGGAACCUUCUACUUCACCAAUAGUUCCGGCAAGACUGGACCUUGCAGCACUAUCCCCAGCACAUUCAUACAAGGAUGUACACAUGAUUCCAGAGGCUGGGACACCUCACUCCUCCUCCAACAACCGGCAACAUUCACCUGACGAGCUCGAGGGAAAUGCUUCUCAACUGUCUCAGCAACCUGAACUGCGCCAACAUGAACAGAGCAGUUACACACACAAAGAACUUAAAUUUGAUAUUCUUCCGGUGGAAGACUCAGGCAGCAACUGUGAUCCUAGCCUGCCUGAGGAUGGAGUCUCUGAAGUGGCUCCUAGCAUGUAUGAGAUUGCUGUUCAGAAUGCUAAAGCUUAUCUACUGAAGACCAGCAACAAGUCAGGCUUAAAUCUAUAUGAUCAUCUUUCUAAUAUGCUGACCAAGAUCUUAGAUGAACGUCCUGAAAAUGCUGUAGACAUCUUUGAAAAUAUUAGCCAAGAUGUGAAGAUGGCACAUUUUAGUAAAAAAUUAGAUACACUUCAAAAUGAGAAUGAGAUGCUUCCAGCUUAUGAAAUAGCAGAGAAGCAAAAGGCCCUUUUUCUCCAAGGAAAUUUGGAAGGAGCUGACCAAGAACUAGAAGAUGAAAUAGCAGAAUCGCCUCUUCCAAAUGUAAUGGAAUCAGCCUUUUAUUUUGAACAAGCUGGAGUUGGUUUGGGCACAGAUGAGACUUACCGAAUUUUUCUUGCCCUCAAGCAGCUUACUGACACACACCCCAUCCAAAAAUGCCGGUUCUGGGGAAAGAUCUUGGGACUGGAAAUGAAUUACAUUAUAGCUGAAGUGGAAUUUCGGGAGGGAGAUGAAGAGGAGGUGGAAGAGGAAGAUGUAGUUGAAGAGAGAGACAAUGGAGAUAGUGAAGCUGAUGAAGAUAAUGAAGAUGAAUUACCAAGGUCAUUUUAUAAGCCCCCACAAGCUAUCCCCAAAGAAGAAAACAGAACAGGUGCCAACAAAUAUGCUUAUUUUGUUUGUAACGAACCAGGAAGACCCUGGGUGAAAUUACCAUCAGUUACACCUGCACAAAUUGUUAUUGCAAGAAAAAUCAAGAAGUUUUUCACUGGGCAGUUAGACAGUCCCAUUAUAAGCUAUCCGCCAUUCCCAGGGAAUGAAAGUAAUUACUUACGAGCACAAAUUGCCAGAAUUUCAGCAGGGACCCAUGUCAGCCCUCUAGGAUUCUAUCAGUUUGGUGAAGAAGAAGGGGAGGAAGAGGAAGAAGUUGAAGGUGGAAGAGAUAGCUUUGAAGAAAACCCAGAAUUUGAAGGCAUCCCAGUGAUUGAUCUAGUGGAAUCCCUAUCCAAUUGGGUUCAUCACGUACAGCAUAUUCUCCCACAGGGUCGCUGUAAUUGGUUCAACCCCAAUCAAAAAAAUGAGGAGGAGGAAGAAGAAGAAUAUGAAGAAAAAGAAGAAAAAGGAGAAGAGCCAGACUAUACAGAGCAGGAAGUGGGACCACCUCUUUUGACACCAAUCUCUGAAGAUUUAGAGUUCCAGAGUACGCCACCUUGGACAACACGACUAUCCUCGAAUAUCAUUCCUCAGUAUGCCAUUGCAGUGCUGAGAUCCAAUCUUUGGCCAGGGGCAUAUGCCUUUUCCAAUGGCAAAAAGUUUGAAAAUUUCUACAUAGGCUGGGGUCAUAAAUAUAGUCCAGAAAACUAUACACCCCCAGUUCUACCACAAGUUUAUCAAGAGUACCCCAGUGGACCAGAGAUUACAGAAAUGGAUGACCCAAGUGUGGAAGAGGAGCAGGCUUUCAGAGCAACACAAGAAGCAGCUAUACUUCCAGAUGAGGAAAAUGAAGAAACUGAGGAAGAAGAAGAUGAAGAAGAUUAUGACUAAUAUAAAUUUAGUCCAAUCUUAUGUGAGACUGAUACCUGCAUACCCUUUUUGUGCAACUUAAUGUAUAUUAAAAGAUACAUGCGUAAUAUAUAAAAUUGUAUAAAGACGGAAGCAUUUGUGCAA